GUCGCUUUCUUGCUACUUACCCAUCAACAUUGAUAUCACUAUCGGCUUAAUGCAACAACCUCGCAGAUGGUCUCUGAGACACCAGAGAUCUGGAAUGCCUCCCUUGCAACAGCACCAACACUAUUACGAUGAUUUUGCCAGGUCUGAGGACGAUUUUGACUCUUCUCCAUCUCCACCGGAACGCUUCAACGACCGUGCUCGCGCCUUUGCAAGUCAUCCACCAGCUAGCCAUGCAUUUCACUCAGGUGCUGCACAACCUUAUCUGGAAGACUAUGAAAGCAUUACUCCUGAAUACACUCCAAGCCCUGUCGAUUAUACUGGCAUGCAAGUCCAGAGUCAGGCCCACUAUGAUGCUUCGCAGAGUAUUCACCACCCGCAUCAGUAUUAUGGAGAAACACACUAUAGAAAUUCGGAUAAAACUACAAACAACUUCGGGUCUAAUUACGACACCGUGUUUAAUCAUAGGCCUGGUGGUCAUACGCAACAGAAACACCAAUCAGUGCGAUUGCGCCCUGUUUCCGAACUUCCGGAUAUGUUUCGCAGCAUGUUCAAGUUCGGGGUUUUCAACGCUGUUCAGUCGACAUGCUUUGAUGCAGUACUUUACUCAAAUGAGAAUAUGGUCAUCAGCGCGCCCACUGGAAGUGGAAAGACUGUUAUCUUUGAAUUGAGCAUUAUCCGCAUGGUCAACGAUCGCACAAACGAAGCCGCUAAAUGCGUCUAUGUCGCCCCAACUAAGGCCCUCUGCACGGAAAAAUACAAGGAGUGGACCACCAAAUUUGGCAGUCUCGGGAUACCCACUUGUGAGCUCACGGGUGACACUGUAGUCUUCGGCAAGGGCGUGUGGGGCGAUGCUAAGAAUGCUAGAAUCAUCAUGUUUCUAGCCGAGAAGUGGGACAGUCUCACUAGGAAUUGGUCAAGCGUCUUCGUUGUGACAGUAGCAUACACUCACACUCAUUCCAGGGAUGACCAUAGUCGUAUAUUAUCUCAGAUCAAACUUUUUCUUGUGGACGAGGUUCAUAUCCUGAACGAAUCUCGUGGCAGCACCCUAGAAGUCGUUGUCUCUCGUAUGAAGGCAAGAGGAUCCAAUGUUAGAUUCCUUCUAGUAUCAGCAACAGUCCCGAACAUCGAAGAUGUCGCAAGCUGGAUUGGGAGCAAACAUGCGUCUAGCGAUCAUCCUGGUCAAAUAUUUCAGUUUGGUGACGAAUAUCGGCCCUGUAGACUCACUCGGUUUAUCUAUGGCGUGAUCAAGCCAAAAGGUCAGAAUGACUUCGCAUAUGCGCAUACCCUUGAUGCCCGCCUAUUCGCCGUUUUACAACAACACGCCGUUGACAAACCAAUCCUCGUGUUCUGUCCGACAAGAAAAGGGACCAUCACAACCGCCAGGCAAUUGGCUAAAGAAUAUGAAGAAACCAUGAAGGCGAAAAAGCCGCUCCCGUGGAGCAUGCCUUUGCAAAUUGAUCAGACUUUUCACGACAAAGAUCUCGCUCCUCUGGCUGCUUUGGGAAUCGGCGUGCAUCACGCUGGACUCACUAUCGACGACAGGAAGACCAUCGAAGACCUGUAUCUGCGUAAAGUACUAAGAGUUCUUUUGGCUACGUCGACUUUAGCGGUCGGAGUUAACUUGCCUGCCCAUCUGGUUGUCAUAAAAGGCGUUAAACUAUAUCAAAAUGGUGAAUCGAAAGAGUACUCGGAUCUCGACAUUAUGCAGAUGAUGGGACGAGCGGGUCGCCCACAAUUUGACACUGAAGGAGUUGCUGUCAUUUUAUGUGAAACUGAACUCGAGAGGAAAUAUCGCGAUCUCAUUCAGGGGACCACACCUCUGGAGAGUAGUCUGCACACAAAUUUGACCGAGCACCUAAACUCUGAGAUUGGUUUGGGAACUAUUACUGACGUCAAGACCGCUCAGGAGUGGCUUCUCCGCUCGUUCCUGUAUCGUCGCAUACAAAAGAAUCCACAGCACUAUAAUAUCGGAAAAGAUGACCGCCAGUCUUGGCAGGACAAGGUGGACAGCAUUGUGAUGGACAGCAUCGAGCAGCUGCGGGAAACCGAGUUGGUAACCUAUUCUCCGAGCAAUGGAGAGCUGAGUUCUACUGAAUUCGGCGAUAUCAUGAGCAGGUUCUACAUUCGUCAUGGAACGAUGAAAGCAAUCUUGGACCUCUCUCCAACUGCAUCUUUACGCGAGAUUCUUGAGAUGAUAUCCGCUUCGGAGGAAUUAUCCGACCUUAAAUUGCGAAGUGGUGAAAAACAGGUAUACGAGAAAAUCAGGCGCCAUAAUGACGUUCGGUUUGCAGUCAAAAAAAUUCAAGGCACGAGUGACAAAGUAUUCUUGCUUAUACAGGCGGUUUUAGGCGGUUUGUCCUUAAAUAGUGCUGAAUUCAGAAGCGGGGAAAGCCAGCCAUGCCUCGAGGCGUUCUCAGUUUUUCGUCAUGUUGGCCGGAUUGCCAUGGCGGUUGCGGAAGUUGCCAUCAUAAAGAAGAACGGAGCGCAAGUGAAGCACGGGCUGGAAUUAGUGCGUUGUCUUCAUGCCAAGGCAUGGGAAGAUCGACCGAUUGUCCUGAAACAACUAGAAUAUAUCGGCGAAAAAUCAAUCAAGAUAUUGGCCGAGAAUCACAUAUCCUCAAUUCCCAAGUUACUAAGUACCAGCCCAUUGAGACUCGAAGAGCUCCUGAGCCGCAGAUCCCCCUUUGGGUCUGAAGUUUUGUUGGCUGCUAACGAGCUACCGAGGUACUUCCUCACCUUGACGGAAGUGAAGGUUUCGCCUAGCGAUGGGAAAUCACCAGUAGAUGUCGAACUUUCCAUUGAAUGUGGUCUUCUCAUGGACAAGAGAGCUUCUACGGGGUCCAAGAAACAUAAGAGAGGCGGAUUCGAUAUGACAACUCUUUUUACCAUGACCUCCGACUUCGUUUUCAUCGACUUUCGCCGCAUUUCGACGAGGGUGCUGAGGGAAGGAAAAUCCUUCAUAAUCAACGCGCAGCUUACCAGACCGAGUCAGACCAUCAACGUCUCGAUCUCUUCAGAGAAGAUCGCUGGGGUUACCGUAACUGAAAGCUUCAAGCCUUCCUUACCCACAAAUAAAUAUCCAACACUUAAUACCCGCCCAAUGACUUCUUUGGAAAUGGAUUUAGAAGGGCUUGAAGAUGUUGCCGACUUUUGGGAUAUGGGACCUGAUGACGAGGACGAAUUGAACCUCCCCGUUAAAGAUCUUACUCGACCCCGUAGCCCGCUCCAAAGCAGCACAUCGACACGAAAUAAUACUAACCAUCACAAAGAGAAGACAAUGAUUUCUAUCUCACGUCCUACAGUGAAGGGGAAUGAUCCGAGUAUGACCAAUACGCCCGUGCGGAACGACGCACCGCCUAAAAAACGCUCAGACGGGAAAUAUGACUGUAAUCAUACCUGCAAAGAUAAAUCUGCCUGCCGUCACUUUUGUUGCCGUGACGGGCUCACAGGACCUUCUCGCGUCCCAAGAAAGAACACAAAACCUGUCCAUCUGCUGAGUGCAAAGAAAGCUCACGACUCCUCCAUCGACCUAUCAUGCAAAAGUCAAGCUACCACUCCGCUGGGCGACGUCCCAAUUCCCAAGCGACAAAAGACAACCAAACGCGACCUGGUUCUUGAGCAACGUAACUCGCUUCAUACAGGUGCUGAUGCUAAUCGAAAGUUGGGGCUCUCUGAAGGUCAACGGCUGAAACAAGAUGCCCCAGCGCCUUUGUCAAGGAAACGAAAACUGGUCCCAAACUUCGAUAUCGAGCUCGUUACCUUGAAGUGCUCACAGUCACCGCCCUCCUCUAAGGACUUACUUAGCGACUCGCAGUCAGAUAACGACCUUGCGAAUAUCUAUGAGCUUCUGUGCGAAGGAAAGGAUGUUCGUUCGAAGGAUCACUCGAGCUCAGAGAUUGAUGCGCUAGUUCGAGAUGACGACACCACGAUGGAUGCUCUCUCCAAGACUCCCUCCCCCACUCGCAAACGGGCAUGCGACUCUCUACCUCCCAAUAACUCAACCCCUCGGAAGCGUCUCAAGAGCGAUAACACGCCAUACAGACCUUACUCCCCGAGACAGGAAUUAGCGAAUGACGGCCGUCAUCCGAAACACUUCAAAUCCGGCCUGAAGCUCUUCGGCUCCCCCUAUGCCCUACUGGCUGCAGAGAAGGACGAUGUUGCUGUCCAGUCCACGGAUCGCCAUUCGCUCUAUCUUGCAGAAUCCCUCAAUGUUGACGUCGGCAUCCAAUCACCGUUCAAGGCCCCUCUGCAACAGCCCUCUGAUGACUUCUUUGAUGAAUCCUACUUUGACAUCCUGCCAGAGCCUCAUCAAGCAGUGGAACCUUCUCUCUGCGAGGAUGGAGAGAAAACUAGGACGCACAUUCGGACCACAAAAAUCACACGUUCUAGCGCGGAGCUUCAGGCUACUGCGUCACAAUGUCUCCAACCUAGUAGAUCCCAGCCACAAUCUGGCAUACAAAGCAACACUACCAACCGACCUUACCCUCCUCCUCCAGUCUCCCUCAGGCGAACCUCAAACUUUGCCAACCCUGCGCUUGGGAAUCAGCAAACGAACCGAGAGAUGAAAACCAACGACACGGCCGCUGUUGAUGUCCUUGCUGAAUUUGAAAGCUGGUUGGACAGUGGUGCAGUUGACAUUGUAUAA